UGAACCGUCCCUAUAUAAGUAUCCAUUGCGCCUGCGUAAGAGGUCAAGGUGGUGUAUGUCUGGAUUGAAUAGCUUUGCUUACAUGUACAUGUCUGUCUUGUAAGAUUGAAGACGCGACGCUACUUAAAAACGCCUCGAAAUUCCGUGUCCUCCUAGCGUGUCAAGUAGACUUGCACGCAUCAUGCUGCGAUCUAGAGUCCUCUCCGCCGGCCAGCGAUAUUUCUGCCGGCGCAGGGGUUUGAACUUGACCCCCAGACUGUUCUGUACCGCCGCGGACAAACCGAGCAUUCCUUCGGCCGAGCAGCUGAACUACCGCCUGGCCACGGUCGAGGAUUUCGGGCAGAUCCUGCACCUGUCUCGGGGUCUGUUCGACGGAGUGGACCCCUUCCCGUACUUCUUCCACGAGUAUCAGGUGGACAAGAAUGCUGCAGUGUUCGUGGCCGAACAUGAGGGGAAGCUGGUGGGAGCGUAUACAGCCGUGAUGGCAGGAGACCAGACAGCUAUGAUCAACAAGCACCUGCGGAUAGACCCGGACUACCGAGGGAGGAACAUCAUGUGGCACCUGGAUGAACACCUGGACAGAUAUAUGAAAUAUCGGCACCCGACCGUGACGUUGAAACAACGUAUGCUCUUGUCGAAUUGGGACAACCCCAACCCGAUCUUUCAGAAAUUCCCGAAAGAAAGAAUGAAGAAAAUCUAUAACGUGCACUACCUGUUCUUCUCGAAGCCCGAGGGGAUGCCAAUGCCGGUGGAUCGGAAACACUUCAAGGGUCAGAUCUUCUCCCUGCAGCCGUGCACCCAGGACACCGCCGCCCGGCUCAGCGACGACGACCUGCGCCAGCUGCUGCACAAGGACUACGGCCAGGUGUCCAUGCACCCGUACAACAUGUGCCGCACCGACUCCCUCCAGCUCAGGACCGCCGGGUUGAGAUACAUCGCCAUCGGCAGGAAUGAGCCGGCCGGAGUCAGCCUGUGCUCGCGGUGGAGCGCCUCGGCCGGCCUGGUCUACCACAUCGACCUGCACGCCGCCGACCACACCUCACUGGAACACCACGUGGCACAUCACGUGGAGCAGAUCUGUAUUUUCCACGCCAAGGAGAAGGUGUACCUGCUCUUCAGCGCGCCCGAAACCUUCGACCGGGACAAGAUCAUGAAGUUCUGCGAGAGCACGCUGGGUCUGCCCCGGUCCGACCGCUUCCCCUUCGACUGCGGGGUCAUCUGUGAAAUGGGGCUCCAUCCGUCUUUGCGUUUUGCUGAGUUCUAAUGCCUUGAACUCCCGGUAGAAUGUCAUCUUUACUUGCCAGUUCAUGUCUUAUUAUUUCAGUUUUGACAAAGGGAAAGGCAUGUCUCAAAAGGAAAGUGUUAUUCUUUCACGCAAAAUACGAAGGACGCGAAACAGCGCGAUAACUGGCUACAGCAGACUAUGACGCGAACAUUUGACAUCACGCGAAACAAUGAUGUGUAACGUUAACGCGAAACGGUGACAUUACGCGAAAAAGUGAGUUUCACUCAUUUCACAUGGCAAAGAUCGUAUUUAUAUAUACUUACUGCUUUGACUAUCUUUGAAGAAUCAAUGCACCAAUGCGAGAGAAACAAAAGAGCUUGUAUGUAUUCUACACCGAUCUUAAAUUAUAUCUCAAAAGUAUUAUUUAUUAAGCUUGAUACUAUAGCAGCGUGUAAGCUUUCGGGUUUCUAGAUCUGCCAGUAGCUGUACCAAGCUCAGUAUUUCAAGCCGAAUGUAUGACGUGAUGCUGACAAUAUGUGUUAGAUACACGUGUGUCUGUUGUGUGACAAUGUGAAAUUUGCCGCAAAAAAUGAAUAUGACCUAUAAAGCAAUGAGAUUUACCUGA